AUGGAGACCAUCUCCCAGGCGUCGAUUAGCUCCAAGGCCUCCAAGAAAUCACACAAGCGCUCAUCCAAAAAGGAACCCCAGAGAGACAACAGUGCAAUCAAGUCUGCCAUGUCGCAUGGAAUGCAGCAGCCCGCAUCUCCCGAGCGCACUCAACGUGAACUCUCCCCCAAGUCGUCGUCGGAUCAGAAGGAUGUAAAGGACAGUACUUCUACCAACUCCGCAAACCCAUUUGAAAUCCCACACCCUUCAGAGUUCAUCGUCCCCCGGGGAUUGGAGCUGAGUCUAUUCAACUACUCGUCCGACGAGAGGGAGACUUCCUACGACCCAGUCUUUGACUACAUACCCGACGUGCACAAUGAAAUCUCCGCUAUGUACACGCCGGUGUCGCGCGCGGUGUCGCAGUACGACCAGUGCAUCCGGAACCAGCAUGGGCGCAAGUGUGAAACCUGGUUGGCGCGUCAGAUGUAUCAUGAGCUGGACAAUAUCUCUAGGCAAAUUGAAGAUAUCAUGGAUAAGAUCAGGACGAUGUUGGAAAAGAGGGGGGCGAGGGAUAAUUUUGAUGGUCUUGGUGGUUAUUAUUUUGAGGAUGAAGAGUCUCCUGGUGUUUUCAAGGGUGGUCCUGAAAAUCCGUUGGAAUUGAGUGAUGGGGAUGAUAAUGCUCUCUUUGUGAGUUCUGAUGAACGGGCUUGUUCUGGGGAGUUGCGUGGCUUAUUUGGGGAUGAAUAG